AUGUGGAAUUGGUGCGACACGAUCACCGUCGCCAGGGCGAGAGCGCAGCGCCUGGCCAGCAAUGGAUUCGUGCAGAGGCUCCUCCACUUAGGCGCUGGAUCCAUUUCAUUUGACGAAGAUGCUGUCGCUUGCUUGAUGGACAUGGCAAUCCUACUUGGCAAUGUUGAGCUAACCACUUGGUGCGUGGCUCAUUGCCAGCUCCGGCCUCUGCGACGAUGGACAGCUGACGAUGUGGAAAGUUUGAGGGACACUACCCUGGCCAUCCUCGAGUGUGCACUCCUUGCAGGACUGGAUUUGGGAGCGUGUCGCCUGUCCCCUUUCGUGCCCACGUGCAGCGCAUGCAGGGGCCAGCCGCUCUCACGAUGGGGUCCGCGGCGAUUUGAAAGGCAGCUGUCCUUAAUGGACGCGGCCAUCCUGUGCGGCAGAGAUCAGCUAGCCGAAGUGCUCAGUUCCCACGUUGAGGUCUCCGAAGACUUCCGUGAGUUGCUUGAGCUUGACCUGCCUUACCCGUGCGAGCUCUGUGGCGCUGCUUCCGAGAGUGUGUACACCGUGCGGUUCUGUUCUUGGCGGCGCGCAAGAGAGGCACGAGGUGAGUGUGCACCCCGCGCAGCGGCUGCAGGGGUUUGCUCCGCCUCGCGGAGGCGAAGCCUCGGUCAAGCUGUGCAGCAGGCGGUGGGAAUCUUCCAAGCCAUGCGGCAGUGGGCGAACGGUGCAAACGGCAUCAGCUUUGAUCCUUCGUUGGUCGACGAGGUCCUCAGCUUCUCUGUAACGCCCAGGCUCUUGGCCUUGCUUUUUCCUGGGUCGCUGUGGCCAAGGUUCUUUGCCUGCCCCAACCCCUUGCUCGACACAUACCAGGCCAGGGCUGGUGGGGCCACAGAGUCUUAA